CCAUAACCACAUCCUAAAAGGCAACCAACAAUCACUCAUGGCGCGCGCUCGUCGGCGUCACGCUCCGCCCACGCCGAACGCAGCCAUGUCGGCCCGCAAGUCGGCGCCUGUGUCGGCUGGUGGUGUGAACGUACGUCGUUUAAUGCUGUCGCGAGAGGCAGCAAUAGAGCACAAGCAUGAGAACGAGGAAGUGGAGGCCUCGAUGGAGCCGAGUAAUGAGUGCGGAAACCCCUUUUGUCGUCAAAUUCUGGCCAAUCGCUAUGCCAGAUACUGCGAGGAUAAGCCUAUGUGUCAGCGUUAUCGAGCGCUUAGGCUGCAGUGUCUGGCUAACGCCCAGGCGGAAGAGGACGAGGAGGACACGAGGCCAUUGUCGAUUGUGCUUAAGAAAAAGAAGAGGAAAGAAGAGAAUGAAGUAUUUGCGAUCCCAAGGAAGAAGAAGGACGAAUCUGUAGCUACUGGGAAGAGAAUAUUGGAUUUAAGCGAAGAGAAGAGUCCUAAAGCGAAGGAGAAGCUUCUGAAAAAGCUAAAGAAACGAGAACUGCAGGAAAAAGAGGAGAAACACAAGAAACACAAGAAAAGAUUAAAGAGACCAAGAGAAACAGUUGAGAACAAUACACUAGAAGCUACAGCUCCCAGGUCUCCUAGUGUGAUAUCCUCCGUGUCAUCAAUGGAGGAGUCUGGGUCAGAGAGGAAGAAGCGUGUACAUCCACGAGAUCUGCGAAUGCGACAACCACCGGAAACUACGAGCGACGUGGAGGCUGGAAAUGACGUUGCAAGGGCGAAAAAACGUCGACUGAAUCGCAAUUUAAGUGCAGACGACGUCUUGUCACGCUCAGCGUCGUCGUCUCCUGUUACUGCUGCAUUGGAUACCAAUUGGAAAAUACCGAGAGCUAAACCUGCGCGGCCAAAGACUGCAGCACAGGCAAUUAGGAACAUGAACGUGGAGCUGGUGCCUCUAGGCGUCGGCAAUCAAGCUGUUACGGGUGGAGGACGAUAUGUGCAGAACGGAAAUCGAUCAGCUGCGCAGUCGUUAAGACCCUCAGACCCUCGAGCAAGACCUCCAAGCUUGACAAAGUUCGUUGCACCAGUAGCACCGCCUGCCGCACCUAAUACUCCGUCUAGACAAGUACAGACACCACCGGUGCCAGCGCCUGUGCCACCAACACAGCCGCCAUUACCGCCGCUUCCUCCUCAACCUGCAUCGGCUCCGGUGUCUCGACCUGCUAGAACCACUACACCAGUAUCGUCUGUGGAAAAGUAUACUAUACCCAGCGUCACCGCAGCGAGACCAAGUGUAUCGACAACAGGAGCGCCUGGAGUUAAGCGGAUCUCGGCUGCUGAUUAUCUAAAGAACAAGAAGAAUGAUGACCGACUACCAAUAGCUCAAUGGAUGGACUUCCAACCAUCACGAUCGUCGUCGUUGGAACGUUCCACCGGAUUUCCGCCAGCACCCUCAGGUCCACCUGGAUAUCAUCGCAGUGAUAGCGCCCCGUUGCCGUCGUACAGAGAACCUCGUGUUGCUGUGGAUCCUCGUCGAGCAUAUCCAGAAGCUGACGUACGGCGUCAACGGCCAUACUAUGAUACCGACGGCAACAGAAUGGAGUAUCAAGACAGGUCAGAAGGUCGUAAUGAGCCUACCAUAAACGAUAGAUCCUCAUGGGAAGCUCACAACUUCCCGCCUCGUGAUAGCUAUCCUCGGCAAGAGGUGUCUUCAUUCGGCAAAAGUUAUGAGUAUCCCCCAGACACACACUUCAGCCCACCUCCAGAGCAGCAGUCGUACAGGAGAGAACCCCCGCGUGAGCAACCUCCGCAGCGUGCGCCAAGUCCUCGUCGAACUGAAAUCGACCGCGUGGCCAGUGACAGCAGGAAGUCCGAUAUCGACGACUUGGACGAUGAAGCACCAACCUUUUCGUAUCACGAAGACUUCUUGCCAAGUAUGCUGUCUGUAUUUAUCCACAAACUCCCGCAAUCGUUGGAAGCAGUGUUUAACGUGACGAAGAAGCCGAGGAAGAUGAACUGGUACAUCAAGUACGUCGAGCGGAUCGAGCGACUAUGCAAACCCUUCGAUCUUCGGAUUAAAAUUGAAGGCUUGAAGGCAACAGUGACAGUGCGUGGACGCGAGUGGCUGACGUUACAGGGCAAUUCUACCGUGACGUUACAUCUGGAAAUCAUCAAGAGUGUACGAGCUGAAGCAGUGACGUGGCUGAGGUUGUACGAGGAAAUGGAGAAGGCCCUCGCUCACUACAGAGGGAUCUAUGGCAACCAGGCGAAUGAGAGCUACACCUUUCUUCGAGCGUGGAACGAUCUGAAGAAACCAGGGAAUUAUAUCUCGUUGUCAAGACAGGCCAAUUAUUUCUGUGGGGCGCGGCUUCAUCAUUGGAAUUUUGUUGUUGGGAAGGUGGAGAUCGGCAGUGGGAGUCAUGAAGAGAAGCGAGAAGCGUUUCGAUUGGCAACGAUCAGUGCACUGGAUUUCUUGUUGAGCAUUGGUCGAGGUGUACGGCGUCCUAGUCGAGAAAAGGAAGUUAAGCGUGAACGCGUCUUGGAGGUUGAGCGGCAGGAAUCGAGAGGAAACCAACGGAGUUCAAGCCGCGACUCCACCGCGAGCAACAGAGUACGCGCGUCUCCAGCCAAUAAUCAAGUAAAUGGAGCUUCGACAGAGUCAUCGACUGCACCUGCAGAACCGUCCAAUGAUGAACCAGCAGUUCCUACUUCUUCAGCCGAGCCAUCGUCUUCUCCUGUCCCUGUGGAGCGCACGGACAAACCUGCUGUAGCAGUCAUUCCAGCAAGCGAUUCUAACAGCAGUUAUGGAAUGGAAGCGGCAGAACAAAGCGACCAGGGUGAGGAAAUGAGUAUCAGCGAUGCUAGCGAACAGGGCACAGUGACUCCAGGAGGAUCGCCAAGACAGUCGACGAAUACGCCAUCUAAUGCUUCCUCCAUUGUACCUAGUUCGGCCGAGUCUGCAGUGUCAACGUCUUCUGCAUCUAAAGCGGUGGCAGCCACAUCAGUCGAGAAUUCUGUUACGACUCCACUACCGUCGACUGCACAAGUUAGCGAACUGCCCGCUGCUAGGACUGUAGAAAUGAAAGCAACUAGCAGUGGAUCUGCUGUUGAAGGCACUCCAAACAAGGACAAAUCGGCAUCCCAGAGCAAGAUUAAAGCGGUGAUACCUCUACGUCGGUGCAUGAUGUGCGAGAUGAUUCGCAUGCGCAAACCGGAUGGGGAGCGAUGUUUGCGUUGCCAGCAGAAGGAUGUUCCUGCUAAUGAGACCCCGAACGUCUCGCUUGGCCCUUCUUGAGGUCCAUGGAGCGCACACAUCAAUAGUUUCUCGUUUUUAGACUGCGAAAUACGCACGAUGCAGAGGAAUGAGAUGCUGUACGCGCUGAUAGGAGCUGAUUUUGAGAAGCAAAGAUACCGGUAGGUAAGUUAUUUAAAAUACUAGUAGUAGUUAGUAGUAGUUCACCAACGUCGUAUGUACCGCUGAGACUACCGUCUUUGACGCCAUCGACUCCAGUGGAAAUCCUGGAAGUGGGUCAUGCGUCGUCAGUAUGACGGUCACGUAAUUUCAUUGUGUGAAAUGCACACACUGGAUAUGUAAUACUCGGAGUAGUGUUUAAUUCGACUCGAGUUUUUCUUCAAACUA